AUGUUUACCUCUUUCACAGGCAAUACUCGUCGGCCUCGACAGGUCAACCUCUCAACCCGCUCUACAAACCCCUUUUCCGGCACUCCUGUGAAGCGUCAGCCCCCCUCGGGCCAUGGUCCCCAGGCAACACUCGCUAUUGCACAGCAGGAGAGAGCGCAGCGCCAGCUAGAACGAGAACGACUAACUUCGAGCCGGACAAUUCAGAGAACAUGGCGGGGAUAUAAGAGCAGAAAGACAACUUGGAGUAUAUGGCGCAAAGAUUGGGAUGACUAUGAGAAGGCUCGAGGAGUCGGAUACCACACAGCUGCUGAACAGCAAGGCAGUGCAUAUUCAAGCAGCUUGGAGUGUGCUAAGCAACUACAGCUUCUCCUACAGUUUAUCCAGACUACUAGCCAGGAGGAUGCUGUGAGACUGGUGUACUUUUCUAAAUGCCUUCAACGAACUGUCGAGAGCACAUCGCUGUCAACAAAGGGAGAAUGGACAACCAUACUCUCCCGUUUGAUGGUGGCAACGCUGGAUAUCCUCAAGGCCUCUAGCCGUAUCAGCUCGAUAUCCUUCUCGAUAGAUGACCUUCUGCAGCUUCUGGUCUUUCUUACGAGGCUGAUACCGAAGCAGAUGGCGCGUCAGGCGCGCAAGUACUAUGAUGUCAUGGCGAAGCUCACUACACGCCUAAAGCUCUCUUCUAGUCAAAGGACUGUGAGCUUAUCUAGAGACAGACUUGUGGAAGCGGUCCUUGCUCUGUUACAGCCGAUUACCUCGGAAACGCUGGCUGUAUACGAGUGGUUUGCCAGGACAUAUCUUACACUUCCUUGCCUUCAGGAUCAUCUGGGGACUAUCAGUGACAUAGCAGCUCAGGUUAACUAUAAGCUUUUGGCAUCUGUCAUAAGCACCAACCUUCUGUCAUCCCAAUCCUUCCUCCACGCAGAGCAAGUUGAGCCUCGAACCUGGCUUCUGGCGUAUUUUAUCUACUUUCACAGGCAUGCGCUAGGGGAGCAGGCUUUAAACCAGACACCGGAGGUGCUAUUUGUCAAGGUUGUCUCUAUGCUUCUGGGUUCUGCGGCAACAUACAUCUCACAGAGGCUUGAUCCGGAUGAAUUUGGAGACGGCCAGUCUAUCCAAGAGCCGAAACCACUACCAUUUUUUGUCAAGACUGAGAUUUUGACACUUGUUAACCAAAACAGCAUUACGCACCUCUUAUCAAUAGCUGGCAAAGGGCAGGCAGCAGAAAAUGACAUACAGCAGACCAGCGAAGACGAUGCAAAAAGCCUUGCAACGUACGCUUUGACUCUAUUAAGAAUAUUUCCUAAACGAGGAGAUGAAAUCCGUAUGUGGUUAUAUCUUGGCUCAGCAUCAACGCACGAGAACUCACAGUCAAGUGCAUCCAAACUGCCUGCUAUCAAAUACUUUUGGCAAGCCUCGAGGACAACGAGGGUUUAUUUCACCGUAUCACAUAAUGCCAAUGGUAUCCUAGAGAUGCUUUUGCCCCCCACUCGUGGGGAGAAUGAAGAGACCCAGCGACAGUGGAGUGAUCAGGAGCAACAGUGGACCGUUAUACUUAUAUUUCUAGAGCUUUAUACCUUUCUUCUAAAAGUUCUAGAUGACGAUGAAUUCUUUUCUGGGGCUAAUGACAACAAAUACACCUCCUGGACGAAGGAGAGUGCCCUUGCCCUAGACGACGUCAAAGAAUUGACGGUAUUUUUAAAAAACCUUGCGUUUACUCUUUACUGGAAUUCAUCUGAACUGAGUGCCGUCGAGACCGCCGAAAAGGCGUUUGAAAUGCGAGAAUACUUCAAUGUAUCUGGGCCCCGCGAGCCGAACCAAACAGUUGCACGAAAGCCUCAAAGUAAAAACCUUGGGAGUGCGACUGGAAUACCUCUACAUUAUUUUAAGGGGCUGGUAACGGGGCUUUUACGAAUGAUACAUGAGCGAGACUCGCGACGUAGGUUCCUACCCGAUAGCCACUGGCUCAUGACUGACCGGUUUGAUAUGGUAGGAUUUAUUCCCACCGUGGUUGCAGAGGAGGAAAAGAGACAUCAACUCCAAGAUGAAGAUGAUGAGAGUGAACCGGAAGACGAGGGUAUCGAAGAGGCUCUUCAAUCGUCACUAGGACUUGUUGGAACCAGCAGGGAGCAGAACAUCCGUCGAAUGGAAAUACUAAGAAGACGGCAGCAACAAACAUCUCGGCGAAAGGAGCUUGAAGCCGUGGCUCCUCGCCUGGAAAUCCUUCGAAAUAUGCCCUUUUCUAUACCCUUUACGACCAGAGUUCAGAUCUUCCGAGAGUUUAUAUACAGAGACCAAGUACGGAGGAGAAAAGGAUACGUGGACCCGGAUGCAUGGAGACUAUCUAUCGCUCAGGGUGCUUCAGGUAUCACAGAAGAAGGAAUAGCCAUGGCACGAGACAUCCUAAGUAAACACCAUGCGGAUAUACGAAGAGAUAACCUUUUUGAAGAUGCCUUUGAACAAUUCUAUCCGCUCGGGGAGGCAUUCAAGGAACCUAUUCAGAUUACAUUUAUUGACCGGUUUGACACCGUGGAGGCUGGCAUUGAUGGUGGCGGCGUCACCAAAGAGUUCCUUAUGAGCAUUAUAAAUGAUGCGUUUAACCCUUCUGGAACCUUGAGCAUGUUUACGGAGAACGACGAGCAUCUCCUUUAUCCAAAUCCAACAUCUGUUGAACAACAAAAGGCACAGCUGCAUGAAGCCGGGAUUAUUGAACGAAGUACAGAAUGGAACGAACAUAUUCGAGAACUGUUAAAGCGGUAUGAGUUCCUGGGACGUAUUAUCGGGAAAUGCCUUUACGAGGGUAUUCUUGUGGAUGUCAGUUUCGCCAACUUCUUCCUGCUGAAAUGGGCUCUUACUGGAGGCACCGGCUCUGCAUCAAGGGAGUCUGCCUAUCGAGCAAAUCUAAACGACGUUCAGGACCUGGACAAGAGCCUGUACCAAGGAUUGCUGCAACUCAAGAAUUAUCCCGGAAACGUGGAAGACUUUGCUCUGAAUUUCACCGUAACAGACACAGUCUCAGUGCCGGAUGAGAAAGGCAAAGAGAAGACACAAACCAUUACCCGCGAACUAAAACCAGGAGGUUCUAAUAUUCCUGUUACCAACCAAAAUAGACUGGUGUACAUCUCGUACAUCGCCCGCCAUCGACUCCAACUGCAACCUUACCUCCAAACGAAUGCCUUCCUUCAGGGUCUCGGCCAAAUCAUCCAACCGUCAUGGCUAUCCAUGUUCAACCAAGGCGAACUGCAGCGCCUUGUUGGCGGAGACGCAAUCGAGAUUGACGUCAACGACCUUCGCCGUAACACGGUAUACAGCGGCGUCUAUGUCCUGGGUGAUGACCAGCAGGACCACCCAACCAUCAAGCUCUUCUGGGAAGUUCUCGAAGCAAUGCCCAACAAAGACAGACAAAAGGUGCUGAAGUUCGUGACCUCAACGCCGCGCGCUCCGCUGCUGGGCUUUAGCCACCUAAACCCCCGAUUCAGCAUCCGGGACUCGAGCUCUGAUGAAGAACGUCUGCCCAGUGCCAGUACCUGUGCCAACCUACUGAAGCUGCCGCGGUAUACAAAUGCAGAUACGCUGCGGGAGAAGCUGAUGUAUGCAGUGAACUCGGGGGCCGGCUUUGACCUUAGUUAA